AAGGAUUUUGAAGGAGUUGAGAGAGUAGUACGAGGAUUUUACUACUAGGAGACAAGUGGAUGAUCUAAUAAGCUAAGACAAACAAAGGGGAGAAAUAUGAAUCUCCAAAGGAAGAGGAACAAUCACUAGAUGUUAGUAGCUAUACUGAUGGGAGAAUUUUGGGGUCCUUGACCCUAAACAGUGGCGAUUCAAUAAAUAAAGAGGUACCACGAGAAGUCCCUCAAUUAGUUUUAGUGGUCAACGCUAUUACAACACAGUGACAAGGAGCAGUGGAAAGCUUAAACUUCAAGAGAAGCUAGUGUAGUAUAAAUGAAGUAAAGGAGGAAGUAAGUAGGUUAGAGGGGGUCUGAAAGGACGUUAAAAGUCAAAAGUUUAAGAAGGAGAGGAGGCAUGGUCGGUUACAUAUGACGAUGAAGGAGCCCUUAUAGAUAAACCACGUAACUGGAGAAGGGGUACUUAAUCCUGGGGAGUUAGGCCGAUGACAAGCCUUUAGAAGGAACAAGACAAGCAACAAGAUAAAUGAUGUAGAGGGAAAGUUAUGGUCUCAGUACGACCACCAUUGGACGAGAAGUGGAGGAAAGUGCCACCAAAGUCUAAAGCAUGCCUGGUAGAAGACACUGGGGAGUCAAUACAUAAGAAAGACAUGGAUUGUGAGACAGAAUAACAGUUAGCUAGUAGAUGGCAGUACGAAUAGAGAACCACUUCUCAGAAGUGCGUGAGUUGGAUACCAAGAUAACACCGAGUUAGAAGGAGGAUAGUAGAAACCCUACAAACUACCCAGAUCACAAAAGGUCAGGAGGAUGUUGGGACCGUUGGAAAGGGUAUGCAAGAGUUCACGAUGAGCUAUUAUGGGAUUGUCCUCUCUUAAAUAGAGGGAACACCAAGCCUCCUAGGGUACAUGAGGAGUGACAGAAGGAGGAACCUCUCUACUAAGUUGGAGCUGAGGCUAAGAGCCGAGGUCUCGGAACUAGCUAUAGAGUAAGUCAUUAAGCCAACCGAGUAUAGACAAGUAAGUGGAAUGUUCGAUAAAUAAUCUCGGGAAGGGCAGGGAAUUCGAGGAAACACAGGGAAGUUCCGAUGAAGGAUUAAGAAUAUGUGUAGGUGACUCAUGUUCAAAAAAAUGCAUAAGUGGAGUACGACGAGGAAAAGCAUUACCAAGAAGGAGGAAAUCAUUAAGUUACCUUACCCAAGGUGCCCCAUUGUGAGUGAGUACGACAUAGUACGAUAUCCUCCAUAAAAGAAGGCUAGUUAAGGAUAAAUUAGUGAUAUUUAGUUAAGCCACUAAGAGCCAUGACUAAGGGAUGAAGGCUAUGUAGAAGCAUCGGUCGAGACAAAAGACGUGUAUGAGGUAUGUUCAAGCCUACCAAGGGCAAGCCACUAUUGGAAGCUUUGACCCAAAACAACAACGAGAAGAUACUCAACAGAGUUUGGUGACCGAAAAUAGUACAAAGCACCAACAAAAGGGUAGUAAAAGUAAAGAAGCAAGGAGAACACCAUAGGACGCUAUAGGAAAUAAAAUAAAAAUAAAAAUAAAAAAGUAGUGGUCAACCGGACAAUGAAUGCGUGAAGGAAGAUAGCUGGGACGUGGUCAAGCACCAUCGUGAGUAGAAGUCGUGGGUGUCAUCUGGCAAGUCUACCUAGAGAAAGUUUCUAGUGGACAUGUUGGCUCGGAGGUAUAGCAGGAGCUACUAAACUGAGUAGAUCAAAGCUAGUACCAAGCAUCGAUGAAGGAGUUGUGGAAGUAAGGAGGAAACCACAAGGCUAUAAUGAAGGUUAUGGUGAAAAGGGUGGUAGUUGAUAAAACGAUAAAUUCAGGGAGAAAGAUAGUUAGGAAGAGCCAGCGAAAGAAUGCGAAGGUCAACAAGGAGGCGUUAAGGUGAUUGCCAGUGGAGAAUAAGUUGGACCAUAGGAAGCCCAUCAAGAACGGAGAAGCUCAAUGGUCAAAUUUAAAGUAGAAGUGUAGGGGUCCAGAACGGUUGAAGGGAAAACCUUAUCGGUCAAGGUACAUAAGUGAGAAGAGAAUAUGGGCACCAAGAUGACUACAUCGAGGACGAGAGACAUAUAGAACAGGGAGAAACAUCGGUGAGAGGAGCCACGAGUAAAGUCGUAAGAUGGAUAUGAGUUUAGAGAACCUGCUAGGAUACCCUAAAGUGAAAGCAAUACCACCUAUGAGGAUGAAAUGUGGCGACCUCUCGGGUGAAAAUUUCUUGGACGGGGGAACUGUACGAGGAAUUUCAGGCAAGGUCAAGGAACAAUAGAAGAGAUCGUACGAGAACUCCCAAGUUAAACGGAGAUAAGGAAGUGUUAAGUUAGGCGCCAUGAGUGAAAGAGUACUCAAAAUGGAAGGUCAUGAUUCUGGAAAGAAGUCAUAAAGUUGAUCCCAAGCUAGAGAAAGAUGCAAAGGAUGCCUCUAAUGCAUACAGAAAAUCGAAGCAGUAGUAUGAGGUUCCAACACUAAGAAACAAGUAACGAGAAGGUGACCAUUCAAUUUAUGGUUAAUGGAUAAGACGAGGAAUUAAGUAAGAAAGUAAGAGAUGCAAAGUUAGGAGAUACAAGGACCUAGGUGAUCUAUGAGAUCAACCCUGGACGAGAGUGAUGUUAAAGGAGUUGUACCAUCUGACUGGAUAGAGGAUAAGCUGCCAUCUAUAUCCUUGGGGGUUUGAGAGAAGCAUUAACGUCUCGUAUACCUCAUAAUGGAGAUAGUUAUUUCUCCGACAUACGUCUAAGGUGCAUAGGUGAUGUGAGGGGUUAAGAAGUCACCACAAGCGAAGCUUGCAGUAAUCACAGUGGAUAAAUUUCGAGGGCAAAAUUUCUAUAAGUGGGGAGGAAAUGUGAUACCUUGACUUCGAUUUAGGUUCAACAUCAAGAACUGAAUCAGUUGGAUCAAAUAAAUCGAGCCGAAAUUAUGUCCCAUCGCACCUUGGGCCCAAGUUGGAAAAUUUUGAAAAGGGCAAUGAGUCACUCAAACCUAUUCGAUGCUACCAAGCUAGAUGAGAAUAUAUGUUAUGGUCAAGGGUACAUAUAAGAACUAUUGUAAGCUAUUCAAGACAAGGUAAGGGCACGCCAUUGAAGUUCAUAUAGAAAGAGUGAAAUCUUGAGCCAAAGAAGCACGAUAAUGAGGAGUAUGAAAGGAUGAGCCCGAUCAAAUUUCGGGGAAGAAAUUUUUAUAAGGGUGGAGGAAAUGUUACACCCCGAUCUUGCCAAAAGUCAAAAUGACUAUUAUACCCUUGCGAGAAAUUCGUCAAAUUCCAUCACAAUAUCGAUGAGGACUAAAAAUGCGAAAUCUCGGUUCAAGCGGUGUCGAAUUUCGACAUAAAAUGAGAAAGUUACGGACAUUAAUUGAGUUUCGGAUUAAACUCACCCGCAAGUGUGAAUUUCCACAAGUAACCUUGGACUAACUAAAACCCUAGACUUUUAUUCCACCCCACUCGGGCUCACCCCAAUGGAAAAAAACCCCUCGUCUCGCCGAACUCUGAAAAUACAACUCUCGACUAGCGAAUCCUCUCUUUCCCUUCCCCCAAGUCACUCACCGCCUUCUCCGCCAUCAGGUGUCUCUAUGUGCUAACAAACAACGGUUGACUUGGGAUCAGCUUCAUGCGCUAUUUGAAGGGUGGCGGUGAUUAUGGCCGGACGCUUGCCCGAGCCUGGUCCAGUCAAUCUCGGCGGAGUAGGGUAUUUGGCAUCCGGCUUCCAAGGGAGGAGAGGAAAGCCAUAGUUCCUUUCACUCACCAAUCCGAGAUCAUGUACAGGUCUGCUGUUGCCGCUAGGCUGCUGAGAGAUACAGCCGCCGCACAGAAAGGUCCUGGUUGGCUAAGUUCUCUCAAUCAUUCCAGGCGGUUUGCUCAUUCUUUACCCUUCGCAACCGUAGAUGCUGAAGAGUUAUCGGGUGCUAGACCAGCUCAAGUACAAAAUCGGGUGCAGGGGAAAUGGGGAGGAUCUUUUAGGUGGAACACAAUUGUGGAUCCUUUAAACGGGGAACCAUUUAUUAGAGUUGCUGAAGUAGAUGAGAAAGGCAUCAGGCCAUUUGUGGAGAGCUUGUCCAAUUGUCCUAAGCAUGGGCUGCACAAUCCAUUUAAGUUGCCUUAGAGGUAUCUUCUUUAUGGGAACAUAUCCUCGAAGGCGGGGCACAUGCUUUCAUUACCAAAGGUUUCUGAUUUCUUCGCAAGGUUAAUACAAAGAGUUUCCCCAAAAAGUUAUCAGCAAGCGCCUUUAUGGACAAAGUUCAAAUCUUGUGAUUGCAUCGAGUGGGAACUUGGUUAUUCAAGCAAGCAGGAGGACAUUACCAAGCAGGUAAAACUAUGUAUGAGGUGGCUUGAAUCACAGGGCAUCACAAACAAGCUGGUCGCAUGAUUUUUUUUUGCCAUCGCUGCCACGGACGACAAGGGGAAGCAAGCAUGAGGUAGUUUGCUCGGGAAAUUAAGGCAAAAGCGGGCUGACUGGUCGAUUGAGACAGUGGGUUUGCUUUUUCUCUCUACUACGAGAGCUAUUUGCUUAAGCAAGCUCGUGUUGUUACCGGCGGAUUCAGGGUGGCCAAAUAACGACCAAACGGUUCACUUAGUUCUAUUUUCCAAGCAAGCUGCUCCAAUUUUGUUCAAGCGAGUACGAGUGUGGUAUUUGGAAGCGAGUAUGGAAACUUUGGAGCAAAAUCAGAGUCAGUUCCGACGGAAGUAAGGUGAGUGUAAAGGGUUAAAUUCUACGCCUUACGUAUUCUUUUAAAGUAUAUGAUUUUAAGUAUUUUAGCGAAUUGGUUACCGUUGCUUGAUUAUGUGUGUGAUUAAUUAUUUGUGCCUUGCUUGAGCUAUGAUUUGAGGUGAUUUUGUGCUAUUUACCUUAAAGAGUUUUGUUUGAGUUAUUGUUAAAGUUUAAGAAACAAUUUAUUUUUAAGAAGUAACUCACCUUCAAGAAGGUGAAGUCAUUUUAAGUGUUUUUAGUCACUAGCGCCAGUCCGUUGCCAUUUGAGAUUUUCAGAGAGAGCAGCAGUUAUGCUCUUGAGAUCUUUGAGAUAGAGCAGCAGUUAUGCUCUCGAGACUUUUAAGAUGAGCAGCAGUUAUGCUCUUGAGAAUCGUGGUGAAGAGCCACCACGAAAAGUUUAAGAUGUUAGGGGGAUGAAUCGUUACGACUUCCCUAACUAAGUUUAAGUUUAAGGAAAGCCUGGAUGGCUUCUCAUAAGUAUGAGUUGGAAACCAGACUAGCUAGUGAGGGAUCCCAGUAUCGGUCAAGUAUUUAAGUCAAGCUUUGAGAUUUAAGAAUGGAGUAACAGUAACUUCCGUACAGUUUUAAGAGUUAAGAUUUUUAAUAGUGGAAGUACAAAACAACUUCCACUCAGUUAAGAAAAGGAAUCAAGUAUUAAUAAGAUGUUAAACGUAAGGGCAUAGACUGACCACAUCUCACUCACCAGUUUGAAGAGUAAGAAGCUAGAGGAGCAGUUAGAGAGCAGCGGGAUCGAGAGAAAUAGUUCGAGUGAAGCUAGCUAGAGGAGGACGGUACUAUCGUAACAGAGGAUGUCUUGUCAGAGUUUUUCACACAAGCAGCAACACUUGAGACUAGUUAGUUAUUAUGUUUUAUGAUUAUGAGUAUAGACCUCUAGAUCAAGUUGAGUUUUUAAAGUUUGUGUUUAAUUUGCCCAUAUGUUAGAGCUUUGCUUUGAACUACAAGUGUGUGUGUUUUCAGUAUUUUAUUUAUUAAAAAAUUUCCCGCUGCAAUUUAAGAUUUGAGCAUUUCAUUUAUCAAGGGCAUUUUAGUAAAAGUAGUAUCCGGCCGUGUUAGGGUGUGUCAUGCUUCUUCUAGAGUUUUUUGGUGGAAGAAAAAGAAGGGAAAGGAGAGAAAAGAAGAAAGAGGUGAUGGUAGAAAAUGAAUGGAGGAGGUUGCUGAAAAGUGAAGUAAAGGGGAUAGGAGGAUAGGGUUUGGACGGAUUUUGAGAUAAGAUUCGGUUAGGUAAGUCGAACCAGGACGCGGUCGACCUAUUCCAUAAAAUGAUCGACCUGGUCAUUUAUCAAGUCGUCUGUUUUCUAUGUUCCAGUUAAUUUGAACUACCAAAUAACACAUGCUUAAAAUAUGACGAUAGUUUAUAAAUACAUAAAUGCGAA